AUGAGCUGGGUUUCGCUAGUACGCAGUCGCCGAAUGGGUAUACGUUUGUUUAUGUCUUCGAGGCUGAGCUGGCGACAGGUGCUGACAGUGCUUUUCAUUUUGUGGUGCCUGGCUGUGGCGUCAACGGCGUUCAACAUUGCUUCACGCUCCGCGCUGUGGGGCCCACUCUCAUCUGAGCAGCUCCCAAAGAGAACGGACACAACUAUCGGACAGGGAUCGAUAGGGCCCGCAACUCCGUCGGCAGCGGAACGUCUUGUGAACGGAAAGCACAACAUCAGCCUCAAACUGAAGCCAGAGUGGCGAGUGGAGCAGAAACUCAGCUACGUUGGGGUCAUUGUUUUUCCGAAAGAGAAACGCUUGCUCUGUAGUAUUCCGAAGGCUGCGUGCACGAACCUGCGGGCGUUCGCCCUGCGCAAGCAGCUGAACGUUGAGCUCAAUCCGACGGAUGCGCAGAAUUUCUCGUAUAUUCAUCCCGUCAGCAAACGCUUCCUGCUGCAGCUGGGGUCACUCUCAGACGACCAGGUUCAUUAUGCUCUGACGCACCCGGACUGGAGGUACGCUGCUGUGGUGCGACACCCUCUAUCACGCCUCCUAUCAGCGUACUUGGAUAAAAUUGUUGGCCAGAGGGAACUUUGGCGUCGUCCACUGCAGCGGCAACCUGUAACAUCGUUUGAGCAUUUUGUAAGCAUCUUGGAAGACGUUGCACGUCGGUAUCGGAAAAACUGGGACUGGGUCGAUGAGCACUGGCGACCUCAGUCGGGGUUUUGUCUUUUUCGUUUUAUACCCCGUCAAUUGUAUGAUUACGUCGUGAAAGUUGAGAAUCGCAGCGCGUUGAGACAACUUUUUAUCGAUAUGUUCGACGAGGACGGACGCCGCUGGGUCCAGGAUCAAGACGCACGAGCCGCAGCGCAUCGUCAGCAGGCCGCACAUGCGCGAUCCGCGAAUGCCAAGCUGCGGGCGUACGUUAGUGAGGACCUAGCAAAGCGCAUCCAGCGACUAUACGCGGAAGACUAUAUCAAUUUCGGCUAUGACUUGUGGCCGGAUGAGGUGGAUGCAGAUGGCGCGCUCUCGUGA